AUGCGCUGGCGAAUGCCUGAGGAGCCGCGCGUGCGUGUUGCAGUCGUGGAGCUGGGCGACGACAUCCGCACGUGCCUGCAGGAGCGCACGCUGGUGAUCGCCAACCACCAGUCGACGGCCGACGUGCCGCUGCUCAUGGCCACCUUCAACACGCGCCGCCACGUGCUGCCCAACCUCAUGUGGAUCAUGGACCGCGUCUUCAAGUACACCAACUUCGGCAUCGUCUCCAUCAUCCACCAGGACUUCUUCAUCGUCUCGAUUUCUGUGAAAGAUCGUGUCAAGCCCUCUGAUCUUCCAGGAAACUACUUAGUACUUCUGCGUAGACGUUCUUGUUAG